CAGGAGGGGAUGAUACGCUGCGCCUGCUGCAGCCAGGACUGACAUCUGACAUUGGAAAGUUAUAUGGAUGCCAGAGGAGCACAGUGGCCUGUAAAAUAAAGUAUUUCCAUUAGUGGUAAGAAAAGGAGGAGCCGGUAGAACGUGGAGAUCAGAUUUUAAAAUGCAGGACUGGAUGUUAAUCAAAAGACUGAAUCUGGUCCCACUUUGUAUGUAAAGCAACGUUUAUACCAAACAGCCUGAGGAUGGUUUACUGUAGAGUGGCCUAUAUUUAACCCUUCAUAUAUAUUCAUAUUGGAGUAUAAGCUUCCUGUGGCAUUUAGGCUGCACAACUGCACAGUUUUUAAUGCGUAAUGGCUCCACUGCUGCAUUCUCUUUGAAAAUCACAGGAAGGUGGAGGAGGGAGGGACUGCCUCACCACGUCUCCAUCUCACGUUACCGCGCUAUAGUGAAGUGGCGGAGCCAGCACUGAGCCACUAAAACCUGCCUUCUCAUGCAAAGGUGAUAAAACUCAGCUCAGAGGCCCAUUACGCUCCUGCAUCAACAUUUUACAGCUCACUGAAUUUAUUCUACGCCCGAGGCCACGGCGAAGGGCUGGGGGGGAUUCCAAUGGGACGGGGUGCUGUGGCACGACUCUGCCCGGUCGGUCGGUCGGUGUCGUGAGUGACGGCGGCAGCUGCGGAGCUGGAAGGAGAAUCUUCUCAUGGGACUUCGCGGUUGGAAAACGCCUGACCUGGAGGCAACUUGAGGGGCGCACAUAACUCCAGAAAACGAGACUACCCGUCCUGCUGCUGGCAGCUGACCGAUUGGUGAGAAAAUACACCGAGAAAGAGGAAAAAUACUCCAUCUUUCAACCGGGAAGAAACGAAUCAGUACCGUCAAAACCAACACGGCUGUGGGCUCCAUAGUAUGGGAGCGCUAUGUUGUCCAGGAAAGGACUUAUUCCUGAGGAUUACUUGUUGACACGUUUGUCUGAGGAUGUCCUGCAGCCCAAGUUUAAGGCGAAACCGGGGAAGGCUCGGUUCGUCGCCAAGAACGGCACCUGCAAUGUGGCGCACACCAACAUCCGAGAACAGGGCCGAUUCUUGCAGGACGUUUUCACCACUCUCGUGGAUUUAAAAUGGAUCCACACGCUCAUCAUUUUCACCAUGUCCUUCCUGUGCAGCUGGCUCCUUUUCGGGAUGAUCUGGUGGCUCGUUGCCUUUGCGCACGGGGACCUGGACCAGAGCGAAGACGGCUUUGUCCCGUGCGUAACGGACAUUCACUCCUUCUCCUCCGCUUUCCUCUUCUCCAUAGAGGUCCAGGUGACCAUCGGUUUCGGGGGCCGGAUGAUCACGGAGGAGUGCGUCUCCGCCAUCAUCAUCCUGAUCGUGCAGAACAUCGUCGGACUGGUCAUCAACGCCAUCAUGCUCGGCUGCAUCUUCAUGAAAACUGCGCAGGCCAACCGGCGCGCAGAGACGCUCAUUUUCAGCAAGCACGCCGUCAUCUCCAUCCGCAACAACAAGCUGUGCUUCAUGAUCCGCAUCGGGGACCUGAGGAAAAGCAUGAUCAUCAGCGCCACCGUGCGGAUGCAGGUGGUCAGGAGAACCACCACCGAAGAGGGCGAAGUGGUGCCUGUGGACCAGAUCGACAUCCACAUGGACAACCCGGUGGGUACCAACGGCGUCUUCCUGGUGUCCCCCCUCAUCAUCUGCCACGUGAUCGACAAGGACAGCCCUCUGUAUCAGCUGUCCGCCUUUGACCUGCAGCACGAGGACAUCGAGGUCGUCGUGGUGCUGGAGGGGGUGGUGGAGACCACGGGCAUCACCACGCAGGCCAGGACGUCCUACGUGUCGGAGGAGAUCCUGUGGGGGCAGCGCUUCGUGCCCACGGUGUCCGAGGAGGACGGCAUGUACGCGGUGGACUACUCCAAGUUCGGUAACACCGUGAAGGUCCCCACACCGUGCUGCAGCGCCAAGAAACUGGACGAGGGAGGUGGCAUUGCUCAGUUUAAACUGAACGAGGGCGUCACCUUGCGGUCGUCUGUGAGAAGGCGGCGGGUUGCAACGGUGGCCCGCAAGUCCAAAAUGGGGAGUCAGUACCUGAUGUAAAACCAUGUCUGCCAGCAUUUUAUAUGAGAAUGAAUUAUUACCUAAGUUUUAGGAUUGUUAAAUGACAAAAAAAAAAAAUAUUUAUUUUAUAAUAAACUGUAAUCAAUAAACUACACAUCUCUUUAUGCAGCAGUGUGAACCCGCACUGAGAAUCAGGAGAUGUGACAGCAUGAGGACUCCUGUUUGGAUGUUUUUAAAUGCAUGUAAAAGCAAUAAAGGAGAAUGCUUCAAGUGUG